GGAAGUGACGCAUCAGGGGUGGGAGGGCUGGAGAUCGGUCUGUUCCCGCUAGUAUGUCUGCGCUGGCGCGGCUGGCACCUUUCGGUCGCGUCGGAGGCCGUCUGCUCCGGGGCUGCGGCGCGCGGGCGGCUGGAGGCGGUGGAGUCCGUCAUGCUGGCGGUGGUGUGCACAUUCCGCCCAAGUACAGGGAGUUUCCCCACCUUACACGAAACCAGAAGAUCCAGGCUGAGUUCAUAAGCUCACUCAUGUGGUUCUGGAUUCUGUGGCGCUUUUGGCAUGACUCGGACGCUGUGCUGGGCCACUUUUCGUACCCAGAUCCUUCACAGUGGACAGAUGAAGAAUUGGGGAUCCCUCCUGAUGAAGAGGAGUAAGAGCAUAAACUCAACCUGUACAAGAACAAGUUUCCAGAGGUCACAGUAGCAGAGAAGCUGAAACAACUAGAACAGCUGUCUUUUUCACUGGCAACCACAGUAAUCCCAGCUGUGGCACUGGGGGCACUUCCAUGGGGCGAUGUGUUCACAUCUGGGUGAGGGUGAGCUGUGCUUUCCAGGUCUCCUUAUCUUCCCACUCCUUAGGCAUAAAGCCACCUAGAACAUGGUCUCCAACAGUGAAUUUAAGCAGGAUAAUCCCCUUAGUUCUUUUCUUUAGAAGCUAAGAAUUGCUUAAUAGAAAACUUGAAAUACAUUCUUUUGUUUAGAAGAA